AUGGCGGAGAAAGAGAAGGAGAACAAGAAACGCAAGAGGGCAUCAAAUGGUGUGGAGACUCCAAGCAAGAAGGUGGCAUUCGACGGAGCAAGCGGCGGAGAUGGGAAGGUGGCUGUCUCACACGUCGAAGAGAAGUACUGCCCGGUCGUUCUAUCAGCGAAGGGCGUGAACGCACCUCGAGUACCGUUCAGAGGAUACGCGCAGGCGAAGGCUCUGAAGGACACAGACGGAUCUGUCCAGCCAAAGACACACAAUCUCCUGCUGCAGUCUUCACAGCACCCACGACUGGACUACACGGCCACACCGAGCACACUGGACCAGAACUUGUCGCAUUAUUUUGCGGUUUUCGACCCAGUGACGAAACGGUUGCAAGUCACACCGGCACACCACCUUGAACUGAAGACGACAUUGCGAUCGGAAACACUGGAAGUGGAGAAGGACAAGCUCACCAAUGCUCAGCAGCGGGAGCAGCUAGGCAGAGAGUUCGGAACAAAGAAGGCGAAGAAAGCAAUCGCUAGCAAGACGGAGAAUGCAAUCACUCAAGACACCAAGGGCAAGGGCAAAGUCACAGAUGUACAGACCGCAGUUCUUGAGGCGGUGGAAGAUGCAACAGCUGGUGCCGCUUCGAGGAACGUUGCAGAAGGGGCAGACGCUGCGUUCGCAGCGAAGCCUAUACCCAAGCCAAACCUUCAAGCCGAGAGUGUAGAGGGAGUCUACCCGUACAGGACUCUAAUUCCACCGGGUGAUGAUCGACUGGUCAACAUCAAAGACUGGCAAGACAUGGCUCGCGCUGACGAAGCGAUCAACUUCAGCCAUCGCUUCCCGGCAUAUCGAGUAUCCCGGCUUGGGAAGUCGGACGAGACCAUGAAGCUGAAAGCCCUUCGCUACCUCACGCUUCUUCUAGAAUUCCACGACGCGCUCAGCAAUGCCAGAAGCGGUAGGAAAGUACCGAAGAGCGACAUCCUGAAGAGGAAACUGGCAGCCUGGCCAUCGCAACUAGUGGACAACGUGCGUCGACGCUUCGCCAACGAGUCAGGUCAGGAACUCGGAAAGUGGCACAUGGAGAACCUGUACACGCACAUGUGUGCCUUGUCGCUCUAUGUGGAUGGAUGGGUGACGGCCACGACGGAUUUGAAGGAGGAUCUGAAAAUGGAGCAGAGAGAAAUCUCGAAAUACUUCUUGGAGUUGGGAUGCAAGGUCAGCGCACCGACGGAGGCGGAUAAGCAUUCCAAGAACAUCACCAAGGCUCAAGCGAGCGUGACGAAGAUGGCGAAGUUGAAGCUGCCGCUGGAGUUUCCCAAGCCCAGGGCUGGUCGAAGGAGGUGA